AUGAUGCAUGGGCCCAGUUUCCAAUCAUCAUACAUGGGCCCAGUUUCCAAUCAUCAUACAUGGGCCCAAUCUUAUCUAUCCAUCUAUCUAUCUAUCUCGGCCUUCUUUACGCUAUCUAUCUAUCUAUCUAUCUAUCUAUCUAUCUAUCUAUCUAUCUCAGUCUUUUCUAUUCUAUCUAUCUAUCUAUCUCAUCCUUUUCUAAUCUAUCUAUCUAUCUAUCUAUCUAUCUCAGCCUUCUCUAAUAUAUCUAUCACAAUAUGCUCACAUCUAUCGAUCUCUGAUGAAACAACUGAGGCUCUUGCAAUUGCGACAGAACGAGAUCCUCCGUUAUUUACGUUACCGUCGCCCCCGACCAUUGCCGCUUUAAAUGUCAUUAAGCUUCCAUAUGCUCCACCGUCUUACCAUUCAGCUCCGCUCCCCGGGGAAACCUUUCAGGCCCUUGGCCUUUCAUCAUUUAAAUCGUUUCUUAUUUUUUUUACUUCUUUUGACACUUUCCCUCUUGUUUUCUUUCUUCUACUGUUUGUUUUCUUUUUUCUUCUCUCCUUCUUUUAUUUUUCCUCUAAUUCUUCUUCUUCUUCUUCUUCUUCUUCUUCUUCUUCUUCUUCUUCUAUAAGGACUAACUUAAUUGCAAUAUUACAUUCUAUUUUUUUUAAUUUUAUAUACUCCAUUUUUAUACCUUUUUCUCAUUUUCUUCAUCUCCUUCUUUCUUUCUCCUCCUCUUCCUCCCAUUAUUUUCCUUUCUUUCCAUUUAUUUUCUUCUUAUUCCUCUCUUUCUCAUAUUCAGGAAUUCUUUUCUCCUCUCCUCUCCAUUUUCUUCUUCUUCUUCUUCUUCUUCUUCUUCUUCUUCUUCUUCUUCUUCUUCUAUAA